AUGCCGGAACCUUGCUGGGCGAGCGAAGAGGGCUUCGUGCUUGCACUGGUCCAUGCGGGGCUGCUAUCCGAAGACACAGGCCCACUCGUCAAGAAUGUUGUUCUUCAUGCGUGGCUCGAGAAUCUCUGCUCCUCUGACGACGACGUGGAGCGCACGAUCGAUUCGCUCUCAACACGGGGCUGGUUGCAACCCUCAUCCGUCUCAACUCAGGCCGCCGUCGAGGAGAGGUCGUACCUUAUUCGCAUGUCUCCUUCAGAAGCCUCAACGCGGCACGCGCACCACGGGACGUCGGCACCCGACACUGCGAUGCCGCAUGAGGUGAAGAAGAAGGCGUUUCGCACGUGCUUCCCCACGGUGUCGGCCAAGGCGGAAAAAAUGUAUCUCAAGCUCACGGACCCUCACGUACUUGUGUAUGCAACCUUGGGCCUGAACCUCAUAAGCCGAGGCGAUUCUUCGGUACCCGCGUACUCGCGUGAAAUGAAGAUUAUGGGUGUCGACGCUCAAACCAGGACAAUUGUCGCAAAUUUACUCGCCAAAGCGUUUGCGGCUCAUGACAAGGCGCAGCUCCAUCAGCGCUUGGGCUAG